GUUCAACACACUACAAAUGUUCUCGUCGAUGUAGAUGAGCUGGUGUUCGAAACAAACAUCGAGAGAGCGAUAAAUAAAAGCUAACAGAAAAUACAUGCCCAUCUCUGGAAGAAAUACUGGAACUAAACAAUAAAAUAAAUACAGACAGAAUUUCGAAAUUCAAUAUUUACCGCGCCGAUAUAUUUAAUUGCUGCAUUAGAGCCCUGCGCAGAAAAAUGUUUUCCCCAUUCAAUAAAAUCAGUGUAUUGUUUAGCGAUAUUGAGGGAAACAGCGAAGGAGUCGUAGAUGCAGGAGGACCGAUGCGUGAGAUGUUCCGUCUCGUAAUUGGCUACAUCCGGAAUAGCAGGAUGUUUUUUGGCGAAGAAAAUAAAUAUAUAACAUUGGAUGGGGAAGCCCUGCAGAAAGAACACUAUUUCAAAGUUGGGUUAAUUGCGUUAUCAAUCAUUCAUGGAGGACCCGCUCUAUCUUUUUUCUCAAAAAGUCUUUAUUCUGGUGUGGUGGGUGAAGGAUAUUCAAAAACUGAUUUCACAUUAAAUGACGUUGAGAAUGAAAUACGAGAGAAGAUUUUAAAAGUGGAUUCAACGAGUUCAUGGAUUUACAAAAAUACGUGGAAGAUGAAACGGUUUUUGCUAUCGCUGGUUGGCCAACCAUAAGAAAAAUGGAGGACAAAUUUAC